AUGGCGGAUCUGAAGAGUCUCUUCCUCAUCACGAAACACCCAUCAACGACACAGAUUUUUCUAACUUCUCUCUUCUUUCUCUCUCUCUUCCUCCUCUCCUCUUCCUCUCUCUCGCCUUUCUCUCCCUCCCUGAUCUUCUCGAGCUUCACAUCUCGUCUUCUCACGGCGGCGAAUUUCUUCUCUUCUCCUUCUUCUUCCACUUCGACUGCUUCAGACACAGAUGCGUUCUACUCUGUUUCACCGAGAAGAAUCCGCGUCGAUAACGAGCCGAAGAAGAUGGACUUCGCGAGCAAAGAAUUGACUUCUUGCGACAUAUUUGACGGAAGCUGGGUCUACGACGAUUCCGAGCCGGUUUAUCCUCCUGGGUAUUGUCCUUUCGUUGAAGAUAAAUUCAACUGCUACAAAAACGGCAGACCGGAUUCCGGUUAUCUCCGUCAUCGAUGGCAACCUCACGGUUGCUCGAUUCCAAGAUUCGAUGGGAAGAAGAUGCUGAAGAUGCUGAGAGGCAAAAGACUUGUUUUCGUUGGGGAUUCGUUGAAUCGAAACAUGUGGGAGUCUCUGGUUUGUUCACUUAGGUCAACAUUGGAAGACAAAAACAGAGUUUCAAAGGUUUCUGCAAAACAGAGUAAUCUCCACAACGAAGGCUUUUACGGAUUUAGAUUCAAAGACUUCGGAUUUUCUAUAGACUUCAUCAAAUCACCGUUCCUCGUUCAAGAAUCAGAAGUUUUAGAUGGAUACGGGAAGAGAAAAGAGACGCUGAGGCUUGAUGUGAUCCAACGAUCGAUCAAGAAGAUAUACAAAAACGCAGACAUUGUCAUAUUCAACACUGGUCAUUGGUGGACUCACCAGAAAACCAACGAAGGGAAAGAUUACUUCCAAGAGGGAAAUAGAGUUUACGAGAGAUUAGAAGUGAAAGAAGCUUACACUAAAGCUCUUCAUACAUGGGCUGAUUGGGUUGAUUCCAAUGUCAACACCACAAAAACCAGAGUCUUCUUCGUCGGUUACUCCUCUUCACAUUUCAGAAAAGGGGCGUGGAACGCGGGAGGGCAAUGCGACGGAGAAACAAGGCCGAUAGAGAACGAGACGUACACUGGAGGAUAUCCAUGGAUGAUGAAAGUGGUGGAAUCAGUGAUCUCUGAUAUGAAAACGCCUGUGUUUUACAUGAACAUCACGAAGAUGACUUGGUACCGGACCGAUGGUCAUCCGUCGAUUUACAGAGAGCCAGUGGAUGUCCGAGGAACUUCUUCUGCAGCCGGGAUGUUCCAGGAUUGUAGCCAUUGGUGCUUACCUGGAGUUCCUGACUCAUGGAACCAGCUUCUCUACGCUACUCUGCUAGUUUCACGCGGUUCCGUGCCUUACAAGUCACUUGGAACUCUCUCGUAA